AAAGAGGGCACCGUAAUGUUUGCUUGCUUUGCUUGGCAACCUUCCCUGCCCUGGCCCAUCUCGCUGCCGAGCGCCCCGACGGCCCAACCACGUAGCUCCUUGUCUUCCUCCUCGAGCGAGCGCCGCCACCGCUGCCGAGCGCCCCAGCCCCCUCGCUCCGUCGCUCGUCUUCCUCCUCGUGCGACCGCAGAUAUCUAUCUCCCCUGCAAUUCUCUCGUUCCCAACCGUUUCUCCUCCCAUCACCCCACGAACAGAUCCCGCCCUUUAGCUUCCCGUUGCAUCUCCUUAAUCUUCCCCAAUUCGUAACUGAGGCAAAAAUCAAGGUAGGGCGGCCGCCCUACCUUGCCCUACCGGGUCCUCCGCCCUUGCUCGCAAUGAAGGCGCUCAUCCUCGUUGGAGGCUUCGGGACUCGCCUCCGGCCUCUGACGCUCAGCUUCCCGAAACCCCUUGUUGAUUUCGCCAACAAACCCAUGAUUCUGCAUCAGAUUGAAGCUUUGAAAGAAGUUGGGGUAACAGAAGUUGUUUUAGCCAUCAACUACCGCCCAGAGGUCAUGAUUAACUUCUUGAAAGAUUUUGAGGAUAAACUUGGCAUCACAAUCACAUGCUCCCAAGAAACUGAACCCUUGGGGACUGCUGGCCCUCUUGCCCUAGCAAGGGACAAGCUUGUGGAUGGAUCUGGCAAGCCAUUCUUUGUCCUCAACAGUGAUGUCAUAAGUGAAUACCCAUUUGCUGAACUCAUACAAUUUCACAAGAGCCAUGGUGGUGAGGCAACAAUUAUGGUCACUAAGGUGGAUGAACCAUCAAAAUAUGGUGUUGUGGUUAUGGAGGACACAACUGGUGUUGUGGAAAGAUUUGUAGAGAAGCCAAAGAUAUUUGUGGGCAACAAGAUUAAUGCAGGAAUUUACUUGUUAAAUCCGUCUGUCCUGGACCGCAUUGAACUGAAGCCAACUUCAAUUGAGAAAGAGGUAUUCCCUCGUAUUGCAGCUGACCAAAAGCUCUACGCCAUGGUCCUUCCGGGUUUUUGGAUGGAUAUUGGUCAGCCAAAGGACUACAUUACUGGCUUGCGUCUUUAUCUGGAUUCACUUAGGAAGAAAUCAGCUGCCAGGCUAGCCACUGGAGCACAUGUUAUUGGGAAUGUCCUGGUGCACGAGAGUGCCAAUAUUGGAGAAGGCUGUCUGAUUGGUCCUGAUGUUGCUAUUGGACCAGGAUGCAUUGUGGAGGAUGGUGUGAGGCUUUCUCGAUGCACGGUGAUGCGUGGUGUGCGUAUUAAGAAGCAUUCUUGCGUUUCAAACAGCAUUAUUGGAUGGCACUCAACUGUCGGACAAUGGGCACGUAUCGAGAACAUGACUAUCCUGGGAGAGGAUGUACAUGUAGGCGAUGAGGUCUACAGCAAUGGUGGUGUUGUUCUCCCACACAAAGAGAUUAAGUCAAGCAUCCUGAAGCCAGAGAUCGUCAUGUGAGCUUGCCACUUUUUGUUACAGUCCACUUGUGUACGAUUUUGUCUGGCUUUUGUUCUAGUGCGAACUGUAAACAGCUUGAUACUGUGCCUAGUGAGAGUUGUUAAAUUGUUGACCAUAUAUGUGCAUUAUUCAUUUGCGGUGCUGUUUUUCACUUGAGUCAUCUACCCAUCUGUAUACCUCACGAUCCGUGAAAGUGUUAUGACAUAGGAAUAAUUAAUACGGAGUAUAA